GGUGAGAGCGAGGGAGCUUUAGGUGUCCGGUUGGCGCCUGACCAGAGUCUUGGAGUUCCGCUCUUUUUGAGCAGUCACUUCUCUGAGUUUCCAUCUAGACAAGCGGCUCGCCGUCUGCCUCACAAUCUCCUAGACGGCUCGACCGAGGCUUCGGAGCCCGUUCGCCACGCUCCCCGGGAGCCCUGGGUCUUCACUGGCCGAGGCUCUCCGCCCGUAGCAUUCUGGAAGUUGUAGUUCUCCACUCUCCCAGUUCCUCCAGGGCCUAGGGGUGAUCUGAGCCUCGCGAGACUACAAUUCCCAGAAGCGCAGAGCGACUCUGGUCACGUGGCCUCCAGGAUGCGGGCUGGUGGGCGGGGCCUGCCGGUGCUCCGCAGCUGUGUGUGACAGACGGAGCCGGCGGGCCGCCCGGGCCCCCAGAGACCCCCGCCAUGGUACGCGCGGGCGCCGUGGGGACGCAUCUCCCCACGUCCAGCCUGGACAUCUUUGGGGACUUGAGGAAGAUGAACAAACGACAGCUCUACUACCAGGUUUUAAACUUUGCCAUGAUCGUGUCUUCAGCCCUCAUGAUAUGGAAAGGCUUAAUUGUUCUCACGGGCAGCGAGAGUCCCAUCGUGGUGGUGCUGAGUGGCAGUAUGGAGCCGGCCUUUCACAGGGGAGACCUGCUGUUCCUCACAAACUUCCGGGAGGAUCCCAUCAGAGCUGGUGAAAUAGUUGUUUUUAAAGUUGAAGGAAGAGACAUUCCGAUAGUUCACAGAGUAAUCAAGGUUCAUGAAAAAGAUAAUGGAGACAAAUUUCUGACUAAAGGGGAUAAUAAUGAAGUUGAUGACAGCUUGUACAAAGAAGGCCAGAACUGGCUGGAGAAGAAGGACGUGGUGGGACGAGCACGAGGGUUCUUACCUUAUGUUGGUAUGGUCACCAAUAUGAAUGACUAUCCAAAAUUCAAGGUGCUAGAGACACACAGUCCCAGCCUUGAUGGAACUCCCAGCACAGUUGAGUCUGGCAAAGUUCAUUUUCUUGGAAGGUGUGGGGGGUCUCUGCAAACACCCCAACCAGUAGGGCGUCCAUCUGAGGGAGACAAGAAGGCAGUUCAGUUCAACAUGAAAGUCUGA